CAUCAGAGAGUCAAGGUGCUUGUCAGUUAGAAAUGUUCUAAACUGUCAAGACAGAUGGGCAAGAAAAGUGCUUCUGUCCAGGAGUCAAAUCAGGGUUCCUCCUUCUCUCUCCACUCAGGUUUCUGGAAUCUUCCAGAUGCUGUCUAUAGUAAGGGUCAUCCUUUUAUUGCUGGUGGCCCCUGCCUUAAGUGAUGACACAGUGGCUGACGACAUCGGUAUCCAUAUGAUGAGCCGCAUCUCAGAGCUCCUGUCCCCAGAAGAAUGCCAAAUGUUCACCACAAAACUCCUUGGGCCUGAGGAGGAUGUGAAAGAAGAGCUAGAGUGGCUCUCAGAAGAGAAGAACCCCAUUGGAGCUCGUAGGCGACGAGACAUCAUCAGCACAGACCAAUGCAAGGAGGCCCUCAACCGUUGGCUGCUGACAGAAGGAGACACAAUGUAUUGGGACCGCCUGUCACGAGCUCUCCAGGACAUCGGACGCUCUGAUGUCUCAAUCGAGCUGGGCAAGAACCUUAACCAAGACAAGAACUUGGAGAUCAAGAAGAAUGUUGAGGAAUAUCAUGAGACGGUCAAGCACCUGACGUCUUCCCUGCUCCUGGAUGAGAAUGAGAUAGAGAUGGGUGAGAAGCAGAAGACAAGCAGGCAAGGCCGACCACGGCAUGCGAGAGAAGAUGCUGAGAGGAAGCGAAAGCUUAGGAAACUGGAAGAGCUAGAACUUCUGGUACAGAGGAAGCCAUUGCCUCCAUAUGAUCGGAGCCUUUUUGCAUGGAUCUCCCCAGUGACCAGAGGUGCUAUCAGUGGGUUUUUAACUCCCUUGAUCCUUGUGAGUCUAGCCAUCUAUACCUUUCUUUGGAUCCUGAAUCAAGGAAGGCCAGAGCACACUACAUCCAGCUGGGACAAGAUGACCAAGAUCAUCCAUUCAUCUCCAACGCAACGCUAUUAUACACUUCCACAACAUUAUGAACUAGAGGAGCUUGACUCUGAGUCAGAGGUUGAGGACAAUGACUAUGGUGACAGUGAAGAAGACAGUGACAAUGAAGAAGAUGACUAACAAGGAAGAAGUGAAGGAGUUCCUUGUUAGGUCUUAAAUCCAAUCUGCCUGCAACUAAUAUUGUGGAGAACAAAAUAAAAUAAAAUAUUUUUUUC